CGGCCAUGUUGGAUUUGGGGUUCCUGCAGCACCAGCUGCAGUCUCUCUCUCCUUGUGAGUCAGUCAGUGACAGAGAGGGAGGGAGAGACCAGAAGCUGCUGUAAGACCUAGAUGAGGAUGCGCUGAGGACAUAUAACGGAUUAAACACUAUUGCUCUAACGACCGUACUUAAGAAAAAAGGCAUUGCGAGAGACAGAAGCAGUCUUGCAAAGGGAUUUUUGUUUGACUCGUGUUGAUUAAAGUAAGGAAGAGUCCGUUGCUGCAGAUGAAAGCGAGACAUAGAUCAUGGACUAAGGGUAGCCGAGACAUACCAGAGGGUAGUCUGCAGACCGGUGGAGGAGGGAGGGAUCUUGCUUACUGUGGACCCACUCAGUAUUCCCACUCUGUUACUGCCUGGUUCCCGAAAGAUAAUGGAGCGAGGAGUGGGUUACGGCGACAGUCAUCCGUGGGUUCAGGCGACUUGUGCUUAAUCUGGGACUGCUGCUACCGUUGCUAAAGAGCUCCCGGUAUGCAGGAGACGGCAGCUUUCCCAUAGGGACGAGGAUCGGGAAAUAUUUGGUGGUGUUUUCAGUAGAUUGCAAAGGGGAAUUUGAUGGUUCGGGAGGAUUCUUUUUCAUAGAAUCAGUUUGGAAGGGUUGCCUCUCAGUUUUGACGUUUGGGAGGAAGCUGUAGGAGCCACUGGCUCCAGAAGUACCAGCCUUUGCAUUGCGGUCUUUCAGCUCCCAGACUAGUGACAGCUGCCUGCUUAGGGAGGAGGGGUUUCGCGUUUGCUUCGGGACGUUUUGAUCCUUUUAUUUUACUUAAUUAAAAAUAUUGGAUUUCAGCGCCUGUGCGUUCCAAGAUGUCUGGGGAAGUGCGUUUGAAGACAUUGGAGCAAUUGAUUUUGGAUGGGCCAUCUCACACCAAUGGGCAGACAUUCAGUGUGGAAACAUUGCUAGAUAUUUUCGUUUGCCUUUAUGAUGAAUGUAAUAAUUCUCCGCUUAGGAGGGAAAAGAAUAUUGUUGAAUUUCUAGAAUGGGCCAAAACUUUCGAAACAAAGGUGAAGCAGAUGCGACUUCACAAAGAAGACUUUGAAAUUUUAAAAGUGAUUGGCCGAGGAGCCUUUGGUGAGGUUGCUGUGGUCAAACUUCGGAAUUCAGAAAAGGUUUUUGCUAUGAAAAUAUUGAAUAAAUGGGAGAUGCUCAAAAGGGCUGAGACAGCAUGUUUUCGAGAAGAAAGGGAUGUGCUCGUAAAUGGAGACAAACAGUGGAUUACUUCUUUGCACUAUGCAUUCCAGGAUGAAAACUAUUUAUAUCUUGUUAUGGACUAUUAUGUGGGUGGAGAUCUACUAACCCUUCUUAGUAAGUUUGAGGAUCGAUUACCAGAAGACAUGGCUCGGUUCUACCUGGCUGAAAUGGUACUAGCAAUUGAUUCCGUCCAUCAGCUCCAUUACGUGCACAGAGACAUCAAACCAGACAACAUUUUGUUGGAUAUGAAUGGGCAUAUACGACUAGCUGACUUUGGAUCCUGCCUAAGGCUCAUGGAAGAUGGAACGGUUCAGUCAUCAGUAGCAGUAGGAACUCCAGACUACAUCUCACCUGAAAUCUUGCAAGCAAUGGAGGAUGGAAAAGGAAAAUAUGGACCUGAAUGCGACUGGUGGUCCCUUGGAGUAUGCAUGUAUGAAAUGUUGUAUGGAGAAACUCCCUUCUACGCUGAGUCUUUAGUGGAGACAUACGGUAAAAUAAUGAACCACAAAGAACGAUUCCAGUUUCCUGUACAAAUGACUGAUGUAUCUGAGAAUGCUAAGGACCUCAUACGCAGACUUGUCUGUAGUAGAGAACACCGCCUUGGGCAGAAUGGCAUAGAGGACUUUAAAAACCACCCUUUUUUUGCUGAUAUUGAUUGGGAUAAUAUUCGGAACUGUGAAGCACCUUACAUCCCAGAAGUCAGCAGCCCUACAGAUACAUCAAACUUUGAUGUAGAUGAUGACUGUUUAAAAAACUCAGAAACUAUGCCUCCACCAUCGCACACUGCUUUUUCUGGCCAUCAUCUGCCUUUUGUCGGGUUUACAUUUACUUCUAAUUGUGUUCUCUCUGACACUGGUUGUCUACGGGAUGCUGCGGGUCCAUCAUCCAUGGAGAUUGAUGUCAACAUUCAGAGAACAUUAGAAGAUAGCUUAGCAGCAGAAGCAUAUGAACGGAGAAUACGACGGCUAGAACAAGAAAAACUUGAAUUAAGUCGAAAGUUACUAGAGUCAACCCAGACUGUUCAGGCUCUCCAGUAUUCUACAGUGGAUGGACCAGUAACUGCUAGCAAAGAUGUAGAAAUCAGGAGCUUGAAAGAAGAAAUAGAAAAGCUUAACAAACAGAUAACUGAUUCUAGCCAUUUAGCCCAACAACUUGAAGAAGCAAACACGGUUAAAAGGGAACUAGAUGAAUCUUCAAGGCAGAUGAAGACUUUUGAAAAGCAAAUCAAGAUGUUGAAGCAGGAAAAGGAAGAUCUUAAUAAGGAAUUGGCAGAGUCUAAUGAAAGACUAAAAUCUCAAACCAAAGAACUGAAGGAUGCUCACAGUCAACGGAAACUAGUCAUGCAGGAAUUCUCAGAAAUGAAUGAAAGACUGAGUGAAUUACGAUCCGUUAAACAGAAACUUUCCCGCCAGCUCAGAGAUAAGGAAGAAGAGUUAGAAGUUACAGCACAGAAAAUUGAGAACUUAAGACAAGAUCUCCGCAAAGCCGACAGAGCCAAAAAAGAGCUAGAAAUCCAGGCAGAAGAAGGAAAAGCUGAAUCAUCCAAAGAAAAAAAGUUACGUGAAAGAAAUGAACAGUAUGCAAAACAGCUGGAGGAUGAGUUGGAAGGACUUAAGCAAAAGCAAGUUGGUCGAUCACCAGGCGUGAGUAGCACAGAGCACCAACAGGAAGUUGCUAAGUUAAGAGCUGAAAUGGAAAGGAAGAGUGUGUUCUUUGAAGAGGAGCUGUCUAAACGAGAGGCAGUACAUGCUAGCGAAAUGAAGAGCUUGAAGAAAGAACUUCGAGAAGCAGAGAGUCAGCAGCUCACCCUCAAAAAAGAAAUCAUGAUCUUAAAGGACAAGUUAGAAAAAACAAGGAGAGAAAGCCAAAAUGAAAGAGAAGAAUUUGAAACAGAGUUCAAACAGAAAUAUGAAAGGGAAAAGAGCUUGCUAACAGAUGAGAACAAGAAGCUGUCAAAUGAAGUCGAUAAGCUGACUACCAUGUUGGAGACGAUAAGUGCGAACAGCAAACAGCUAGAAGAGGAAAUGAGAGAUUUGGCUGAGAAGAAGGAAUCUGUGGCACAUUGGGAGGCCCAAAUUACAGAGAUCAUUCAGUGGGUGAGUGAUGAGAAGGAUGCCCGUGGUUAUCUUCAGGCCUUAGCCACCAAAAUGACAGAGGAGCUGGAAGGUCUCAGAAACUCAAGUCUUGGUGCCAGAUCUACUGAUAUGCCUUGGAAGAUGCGCCGAUUUGCAAAACUGGACAUGUCUGCAAGGUUGGAGCUGCAAUCAGCACUUGAUGCAGAAAUUCGAGCAAAGCAAGCCAUCCAUGAUGAGCUGAAUAAGGUUAAAGCAAACAAUAUCUCCAGUGAAUGCAAACUGCAAGAAGCUGAAAAGAAGAAUUUCGAGCUACUCUCAGAAAUUGAGAGGCUAAAAAAAGAAAUUGAAGAAAUGAAAUCUGAAAAAGGCGUAAAGCACCAAGACUCUCAGAAUUCUUUCUUGGCAUUUUUGAAUGCACCUACCUCUACGCUGGAUCAAUUUGAACGUUCCCCUUCUUGUGCACCAGCUGUGAAAGCCAGACGUAUUGAUUCAGUUGAAAAUUUUGCACUUUCUAACACACCUUCUCGGGAUGAAGAGGCCAAAUCCCAGCUUCAUUCUCGAUCCAGGUCUCCUUCUACAACCAGUGAAAUAGAACCACUUGAGGUUACUGAUCAUCCUUUGCGCCCAGUGCAUACGCCAACUAUGAGAGCACCUUACAGUGGGCCAGGCCUCUGUGCACCAAAGCCUAAAGCCCAUCAAUUUGUUGUAAAGUCGUUUUUGACCCCAACAAAGUGUAAUCAGUGUACAUCUCUCAUGGUGGGCUUGAUAAGACAGGGAUGCACUUGUGAAGUUUGUGGAUUCUCUUGUCAUGUCACGUGUGCAGAUAAAGCUCCUGCAGUGUGCCCCAUUCCUCCUGAUCAAACAAAAGGCCCAUUGGGUAUUGACCCACAGAAGGGAACAGGAACAGCAUAUGAAGGGCACGUCAGGGUGCCAAAGCCUGCUGGUGUUAAGAAGGGCUGGCAGAGAGCUCUUGCAGUUGUCUGUGAUUUCAAGCUGUUCUUGUAUGAUGUGCCUGAAGGAAAAGCAUCUCAGCCCAGUGUGGUAGUCAGCCAGGUUAUUGAUAUGAGGGAUGAAGAGUUUUCAGUGAGCUCAGUACUAGCUUCUGAUGUCAUCCAUGCAAACAGAAAGGACAUUCCCUGUAUUUUUCGGGUUACUGCCUCCCAGCUCUCCACAUCUAGUAACAAGUGCUCAAUUCUAGUUCUGGCAGACAGUGAGAAUGAGAAGAAUAAGUGGGUUGGCGUACUGAAUGAAUUGCACAGGAUCCUAAAAAAGAACAAACUAAAGGACCGCUCUGUCUACAUUCCGAAAGAGGCAUAUGACAGCACUCUUCCACUCAUCAAAACUACACAGUCAGCUGCCAUUUUGGAUCAUGGAAGAAUAGCUUUGGGAAAUGAAGAGGGAUUAUUUGUCGUACAUGUCACCAAAGACGAGAUUGUACGUGUCGGUGAUAACAAGAAGGUGCACAUGAUUGAGCUAAUUCCAAAUGAACAGCUCAUUGCUGUCAUCUCAGGACGAAACCGCCACGUACGGCUUUUUCCUGUGGCUGCCUUAGAUGGUCGAGAAAGUGAAUUUUUUAAACUGGUAGAAACAAAGGGAUGCCAAACACUGGUCUCUGGACAGGUGCGCCACAGAGGUUUUACAUGCCUUUGUGUAGCAAUGAAGCGUCAAGUUCUUUGUUAUGAACUAAAUCAAAGCAAAGUACGCCAUAAAAAAACGAAGGAGUUCCAGGUCCCCGGGAUUGUUCAGUGGAUGGCUGUUUUCAGUGACCGUCUGUGUGUGGGUUUCCAGUCCGGAUUUAUGAGGUACCCUUUGCAUGGUGAUGGGAACCCACAAACUUUACUUCACCCAGAUGACCAUACACUGUCUUUCCUUACACAGCAGCCAGUGGACGCAAUUUGUGCUGUAGAAAUUUCAUGCAAGGAGUACUUGCUGUGUUUUAGUAAUGUGGGAGUUUAUGUGGACUGUCAAGGUAGAAGAUCACGGCAGCAAGAACUGAUGUGGCCAGCCAUUCCAACUUCAUGCUGUUACAGUGCUCCAUACCUCUCAGUGUACAGUGAAAAUGCCAUUGAUGUGUUUGAUGUGAACUCCAUGGAGUGGUUUCAAACUAUACCUCUAAAAAAGGUUCGACCGUUGAAUAUAGAGGGAUCUUUGAACUUGUUAGGAUUAGAGACAGUAAGAUUAAUAUAUUUCAAAAACAAGAUGGCAGAGGGAGAUGAGCUGGUGGUGCCUGAAACGUCAGAUAAUAGCAGAAAACAAAUGGUGCGCAAUAUUAACAACAAGAGGCGAUUUUCAUUCCGAGUGCCAGAGGAAGAGAGGAUGCAGCAAAGAAGGGAAAUGAUGCGAGACCCUGAAAUGCGCAAUAAGUUGAUAUCUAAUCCAACCAAUUUCAAUCACAUAGUGCACAUGGGGCCUGGAGAUGGUAUCCAGAUAUUGAAAGACCUUCCCAUGGUAAGGAGCAUUUCCAGUUAUCCUCAUCAUCAUUUCCGUCUGAUCUCUUCACCAACCAACUUUGAGCAUGUGUAUCACAUGACUGUCAAUUCUGCUGAAAACUUCCUCUAUUAUGAUUCCACACUCUCUGCGUACUCCCCAUCUCUGCGUUCUGUCCCUGGCACACCAUCUUCCUUUAUUCCAAGGAAUCUUCGUCCUCAGGAAAGUCGAACCAUGUUUAGUGGUUCUGUCAGUAUUCCGUCAAUCAACAAAUCCCGCAAUGAGCCUGGUCGCUCCAUGAGUGCCAGCAGUGGACUUGGAUCAAGAUCAUCAACACAGAAUGGCAGUGCCCUACGAAGAGAACUUUCAAGUGGAAGUUAUGGGGUGAAGCGUCAGCCUAUGACAUCACCAUCUGAUGGAUCUUUGUCAUCUGGAGGUGUAGACCAAGGAAGUGAUGGCGCCACAAGGGAGUAUGAAAGAGAGGAUUCAGAUUCUCCAAGGCAUUCAACGGCCUCUAACAGCUCCAACCUAAGUAGUCCUCCAAGUCCAGUGUCACCGCACAAAACUAAGAGUUCAUCUUUAGAAAGCACUGAACAUGUUGGGUGGGAUACUUGAACAGCUCUGAAUACAUGGCAACACAUAGCAUCAGUUUCUUCUCUUUGUUUCCCAUCCCACCCUUGCGAGCUCAAAAUCUUUUGGGGGGAUUCUUUCUCAUUUACAUUCUGCUGCUCUGCCUUAUAGAAAGUCAGAUACAACAACUCCCACAGGCAAUAAGCCAGUAUGCAGUGACCGAGCUGAGUAACUCGUUCAAGAGUAGCUUUUCAUUAAUCACAUAUUUAUCUUAUCAUUCUUGAUGGGGCCAUUCACCUGCAUACCAGAUGGUGUCAAGUUAUACCCAAGAAGAAGUCAGCUGUUGCCGAUUGCAUUGUGACAUCUGUUUGGUUUGCACAAUAGAUACUGCUGCUUGACAGUUCAUCAGAGGAAGAUGACACACACAGCUAGAAAAGUUGCUGGUAAUGAAUACAAUUACCACUGCCAUGCUGAGUGAUCUGCUUUUGGUGAGGACGUUGCUGAAGUGCUAAAGCUCAUGAAUGCAAAUGGAGCAUAUGUGCACAUCUGGAGAUUAAUGCAAAUGGAUGUGCAUAUGUUGUAUAAGAAAAUUGUAAAUGAUCUCACUACAGAAUUAGGUCUUUCACACUUCUUUCAGUUACAUCAAGAAGAUGCUUUAUGCCUUUUUCUUGGCACACUGAAGCUGUAAGAUUCAUAAAUAGUUAAUAUAAAAUAUAUCUAUGUGUAUAUGGAGCAAGAGCAAGUGAUAAUGUAUAAGAAAUUGUUUUGCUGUUACAGUACAUUUUACAUUUGCUAGCCAUCUACCCUGUGUAGAAUAGAGCUUCCAAAGUGUAGCUUUUAUAAUAGCACAUUCUGUUACAUUUUUAAGCAUUUUCUUGUUGGGAUGAGGUUAUAUUUUUAUAUACCUUGAAAAAGAUAUAGUAUUUCUUUAAUAGGGUCCUGGACCCAGUGUUUGCUGCUGUUUUGAUUUUUUUUUUAUUUGUUUCUUUGCAUGUAUGUUUGUGUAUGUAGUAUGUAUGUGGUUUAUUUUAUUUGCUGGGGAAUUGAUUUCACCUUAGCUGUGUUCUUCCGUGCCUGAUCAUGGUCAUAUCCUCAAGAUCUACAACUUACUUCAAAGCUGAAGUAAGUAAAUAACAGAAAAUAAUGGACAGUCAGAGCUCAGGAACCCAGUCAUACCAUUGAAUUUUUUUAUAGAAGUCUAGAACUAAGUGUUCAUUGCUAUGUUAGUAUGGCAGUGAUAGUAGGGAGCUGCCACACUAACGACUGCUUGUAUUGUUUCAGCUGUCAGUUCCAUAUAGAUUUUCUGGAUCAUAAUCAUCCAGUUCAUCACUUAAAUUAACAAAGCACUUCUGCUGUGAAAGGUAGAGGAAGAAUGCUGUGUUGUGUUUAGUGAGUAUGGAUGGGGUACAUAAUCUGUGUUAUAUUUUGUCUUUCAGCACAAAAUAAUCAGUUCUUCAUAAGCUAGUUAAAAGGAAAUAUGAUGCAGAGGGAUAGAGCCUCGAAUACAGGCCUAGUGACCUGGACUUGAGUAGGAGCCAUCCAGGGAGAGAUGGGAGUAAAUGGUCAUUGUCGGCUUGCUUAUCCCAUGGAACAGGAAGAAUUAAAAUCUCAGAGACAUGAAUUCCACCUUUUGGACAGUCAGUGGCUGAAAGAAGACCUAUAACUUGCCUUCUAAGCAACCAGGGACCCAGUAGUCUAGGGUAUCUUGUACCGUCAUAAAUCAAACAGUCCCACAAAUACCAGAACAAGGGAUCUAAACUUGUUUCAGCAGAUCAAUAAAACAAGGUGGAGAGACAAAUUAUUUACUCAGAGCCUCCCUCCCCUGUGGAAUAGACCCCCCCUCAGAUAAAGCAGCAUGAUACAUUAUCCUCCUUCAAACAGGACCUAGGUAAUUGGAUGUGUAUUCAUAAAUUCAUGCAGGGCUUGAUUUUGCCUAGCCCUCCUGGAGUGGGGAAGUGGCAAGGUGUAAUGGUCGUGAGACUCUGUAGCCUUGAACUUCUUUUUAUUCCCAUGAUUCCUGUGUGUAGACUGCAAAGGAUGGGCUUGGCCUGCCAAGCACUGUAGGUGUACUGUAGCCAGCACAGAGUGGUAUGUCUUAGUAAGUUCAGCUGCUGUAGUGCUUAUUCUGCCUGACAGAGAGAGAGAGAGAGUAGGGUGCAAGGCAUUUGAAAAAAAAGCUGGGCAACCACAGGAGACAGUUUGUCAGCACUGGUCUGUUUAAUAUGGGGAGACAAAUGGCUCAGAAGGGUGGUUGAAGUUUGGGGGAUAGAUGACCAGGCAGAGAUGAACCCCAAAACUGUGUAGCAGCAAUAUAUUAGCUAGUUGUAUGGACAGUUGCUUGAAGCUGUGGUCUGAAGAUACGAUCUUCAUUAAUUGCUCAGUCUUUUGUGAGACUGAGUGAUCGGUCUCUUUUUGGGGUUGGUCGAAUUACCACAGAACUUGGUAUACCUUAUUAAUAUAUCAGUAGUAGUGGUGCUCCAGAUAGCAGUGCAAAUUUAGUGACUUGGCUAGAGAACAGUAAAUUAUACCGUUGAUUGGAAGAGGAAGUGCUAAAGUUAUCCUUUUUAGAGAUUCUACUGCCUCUGCCUUAUUGGUAGAAAACUGUCUUGCCCAUUAUCUGUCAUUUUAGGCACUGACCAAGUUUCUGUGCUUAAAGAACCUUUAAACUAUCAUGUCAGACUAGGAAGUGUGUAGAGUUCUGCAGCUUAAUGUGCUUUAGAUCUUUCCAGGACCUUUAUUUAAUAAUUCCUUAAUAGGCAUCCUGAAAGAGAACGCCACUUCUGAAUGGGAGAAUGAAAGCUUCAUUGGUGUAGUUAAUCCCGUAAGGCAAAAAUGAUGUAAUCAAGCUAGCCAUCUGCACUCCUGAUACCAAAGAUGCACCUGGCUAUGAGGAAAUACAUGCUGUAGACAGCUUGAAGAAGCUUCUUCACUGUCUUGGAUAUCUGUUAACAUUAUAAUCUUGUCUAGCAUGUGAGAUGCAAAAGACUUUUGAAAGUGUGCCUAACGAAACACAUAAUUAAGAAAGUGUAUGGCCAGGGUACAUGUUUCAUAGCCCUGUCUUCUGUUACCUUUCUAAAGGGCAAGAUUCUUUGUCAUAUGGAAGGGAAGCCACAUGCUAUGCCACUUUGGUAUAUGCUGUGCUAAAAAGAUGAUAAAGCAUGUAGUUUUGGAUUCUUCUUUAGAGGUUACAAAAAAUCCAGGUCUAGCUAUGUCUAUGAAGACUUCAAGUGGUGAAGUGACUUAGUGUCCUAGAUGAUUUGCCUUGUUCUUGGGGAAGUGGGGUAUUCUGUGGAUUAUUUAUGUAGAGAAAAAUUGGUUAAGGAGGAAGAUUUCCUAUACCUGCUUGUAAUGGAAUAAGUUCAGGAGAGGCUGCUGGCAAACCAUUGAUUCUUGAUUGCAUGCUGUGACAUGUCCAUUUCCAUUCUGGAGGAGGAGGAGGUGGCAGAAGAGUGAAAAACUUUACUAAAGAAUACUAAGUUGUGCAAUUGAAUGCCACUGGGAUGAUGUGGGAAAGGUCAGUAUCUGCUAAGAAUGCACCAGAAAGGCUGGUGGCAGGCCUAGCUUUGGGAGAAUGAACAUUGAGUACCCUACCUUUGAAGGAGGAAUUGAGUCAGUGCAAUGUAUGCAUUAUUCAGAAGAUCUUCCAUAACAUAAAUGGUGAGAAAAUUUGAGUCAUCGCUUAAGGAGGAAUGGUCCUGGAGAAGAACUUUUGGAGUUCGAGUAAUUUUCCUUUUUCAACACUGUAGAAGUCAGGUCACAGAUAACUACCUUUAUAGGCAAACUCUGGGUUAGCACUGGACUGAAAGCAUAGUUGACUACUACUAGUCUGUAAAGCGCGCAUCUAAGACUGAGAGCCAGAGGGAUGACUUCUCACACAAAAGCUGUUCUGGUGUUCUAAUACCAGACAACCACAGGGUCGAUCUUUUUUAUGAUGAAGAGGAAGAGAUGGCCAUUGUGUAGAUGAGAACUACUGCAGCUGCAGCAAACUUUUAGGCUGGAGUCUCACUUGGUGAUCCAUGGCCAGGACAUUUCAUCCCUUACCUUGGCUCAUUCUGCUAGAGGGUGUUUCCAGAUUAAUGAAAGGUUUAAACAUCUUUGCUAGGUUUAGUCAGUACUUACAAAUCAGUGUUGUGCAACCUUCUUUUUCUUGAAUACUAAGUAGCAUCUGUUAUGGAAAGAAGACAGGCUUGUUUAAAAGAGUAACUUUAAUACUUUAAAAAGUACUCGGUACUAAAAUUAAUACUUGCUUAUUUCUGAAGAUAUUCUCUUUGAACCAGAAGUGACAGCAGUGGUACAUGAGCUUGAAAAACAGGUAAGGAGAAAGGGAAUCUUCAGAGUAUCAGUAUGUUUCAUGUGCUUUAUCUUAUUCUGCUGUCCACCUUCUCCUUUUUAUAGGAAGAAGACCGCACGUCAGUCCUCUGCCUACAUGGAGACCAGUCUCAAAACUGUUGAUCCUUUGGUAGAGGUGCAAGGAACUUAAGAGAUGUACACAUUCAAAAAUCUCAAAAGAGUUCACAACCCAUUGUUUUGUCAACCAGCAAAGACAAUUAUUUUAUGAUUUAGGGCAUGUGUUCUUCCUUCCCCUCGUUCUGUGGUCAUCUGUUCCCACCAUUGAAUAUUGCUUGGUAGGGGGCUGGAUCGCCUCUUACCAACAUAUCUGGGGGUGGAAUCUUAGAGGUUAUGAGAAGUUUUGAAACAUAUUACAAAACAGAAUUAAUUUCAAUGCCUCUUCUCCAACUGAGAAUGAGACAUUUGGGGGAAUACAUCAACCAUACCCUUCCUACUUAAAUAAUAUCAGUUUAAGAUUACUAGACCUCAUGAACGAGAACAAGCCCUUGUUGUCUCACUUCCCAAAAGUAGUGCAAUCAUGUACUGCUCAUUUAAAAAUAGUGAUGUGAAGAUAUAAAAGGCUUGAUCCUGGCCCACCGUUUUUCAUUAUUUGCACUUUUUUUUGCUUUGUGAAGAGUCUCACAAAAUCUUCAAAUCUGAAUAGAAGACAUUUGCUUUUUCUUAUAAACCCAUUCUGUUGACUGAUUCAUUGGAACAUCUUCUCCCUUUCCAUAACUGGCUUACAAACUGAAUUGGUGGACACAAAUGGUAUACCUCAAUCCAAGCAGGGUUUAUUAAGCUCUCAGCUUACAAGCCCCUGGACAACAGAUAUCUUAGACCUAUCUAGGGUGCACAUCUUGGAGAAUUUUGUUAAUCCAGAGAAUUAGGUCUCCAUUGCAAUGGCAGAUUCACAUCAACUUGUUGGACAGUACAAGUUCAGGUGUACCUCAGGUAAACACAGAUAAUUAUGAUAUGUAAACACUCAUGGCAACAUACAGUCUUAUUGCAGGCUGGCCAUGCUGCUGUGGAAAGUUGUCCAUGGAUCUGCAGCUGCAUGUACCUCAUCUCCCAGGCACACAAAGCCUGCUUUUAGUAGUUUAUCUGGGUCAUGAGUGACAUCUUCAUCGUCACAUAUGUCAGGAUCUGAUUGCUGCUUAAGGGCAGCCACAGAGGAAUCUGCUUUCAUCUCUGAAAAAUGUUCAUUUACCCUAGUAUUGUUUAGAACAAGAUCUUCGGUACCCUUCCAGGACCUUGGGAAAACAAGCUAAAUUAUGCAUUUCUGAUAAUUAUGUGCUUCAGGGAAUUUGGGGGGGGGGGGAAGAAGGAAGACAACUGAGUUGAUCUGGUUAUCACUGUUGUGACUCACACAGCCCUGGUUCUCCCGUUUCACUUUGAUUGUAUAUAUUUUGCUGCAAAUUUUGUUUAGAGGACCUUCUCACUUAACAACAAGAUAAGGUUCUCUGUCUAGUAUUGAAUGUUCUACAUCUUACAGCCUCAACAGAGACUAGGUUUUUGUCCCUUGUAUUGGAGUCCAACAGCUAGGCAUGUUUGUUGUAAAAAUGAAAGAGAUUCUGUAACUGGUGCAAGAAAUGUAGCCUAGAACUGCUGCAGGCACAACAUUCACAGAUGCUAGACUAUCUUGCUCUGCUUUUGUCAGAGGUUCUCUCUCUCAAGUAUCGGUCAAAAUGUAUUUGUUUUGCCUUGUCAGCCUGCUUUCUUGUUGAUGUUCCACUGACCUCCAGGUAUGCAGUGCAGUUUCUCAAGGGAUUUUGCAUCUAUAACCUCCAAAAAGAGUUAUUGUCCCUCUUUGGGAUUUGAACAUUAUUCUGGAGUCCCAGAUGAAGCCCUCCCUUUGAGCCAGGGUAUUUGAAACUACUGUUACUCAAAUCAGGUAAGAAGUUUGAACUUCUGGUUCGUGUAUGAUUCAAGCUUUCACUGGCUUCCAUAAGAACACAAUGGCUCUGUCUACUAGCCCUUCUUUCACAUCUGUUAUGAAAGGACAUUGCAUUGAAUGAAAAGUUCUAGCUCACCUCAUUUUAUCCACCUUUAGAGGAUGAAUGGGGUGGGAUGCUGUAUAAUAUGGACGUAGGAAAACAUUUGUUAUAAAUAUAUAUCCAGAACUGAACAUAUCUGAAAGUCUCAUCAACUCUUUAGUUUCAUCUACAGCUAACAUGCUGGGUUCCCUAAUGGAAAGCAAACCAUUUCCAACUGAAUGAUAUUUGUAUAGGAUUCUGUGUUGAUUAAAUUGUGUGAUGUCUGCUAAGUAUGUGAAAUGAAAAUAUUUUUCUUUCUGGGACAGAGAUUAUGGCUUGCUGUUAGACUUGGCUCAUAAUUAGGAUCACUUAAACUUUUAAGUGCCGCCCCACCCCCACCACAACAUAGAAGAUACAAUGGUUGAAAAUUAUAAAAAUGAAAUUGAAAUCCUGAAAGUUACAAACAGUUAACUAAAAUUCCUGAAAUAAAUUUGUACUCCAGAAAGUUAAUACAAAACAUUACCUGAACACAGUAACUACAUCAGAAAUCAGCCCACUCCACAUAAAAAAAUAAUUUCCAUACACAAAAAAAAUAACUAAAAUCUAUCAAAACGUAGUUGCUUAGCUGUAUAACUAAAUACAGGUAACACGAAAGUGAUAUAAAGUAAAGCAACUGCUCAUCUCUUAAUCAGCUGUUCCGAAAUCAUCUUAUUUUCUGAGACAAUUUAAUUAAAAAUGAAAUAUAAAAUAAGCACCCUCUUAUUUAUAUAUACUAACUGGACAGCCGCACAGCUGUAAUUCAGGUGGAAUAACUACAUAACUGCUAUAGUUAACUUACCAACAGUUGGCAGUAGCAUUGAUCAUCAAAACUUGAAAGCCAUAAAAAAAGCACAAUACAAAAUUAUAACUCAAAUUAAAGGGCUGCUGUAUAAAUAUAUAUUCUGUAUAUAAAGUAAAGAGGCCUGUUGUUAAAGUAUUUGACACAAAAGGUAAUUGCGAACAGAACCAUGAACUACAAAUCAGUGAAAGCAGUACAACCUAAAACAAAAUAAGUAAACUGAUCCAAUUGUUUCACACCACACACCCCACAUCCCUUAAGUUGUAUCUAUCCCCUCCAUGAUCACACAAAUACUGUAAAAAGAAAAAAAAAAUGACAAUGCACAAUAAAUCAGUACCAGUUCCUAAAUAAAACUGUACUGUCAGUGGUUCUAAAUAUGAAAUGAAACGUAAAUGUUAUUUUUCAUAUUAAAAGCAAAUCAGGAUGCAGACACAAGUGUGCACUCUAUUGCCCUAGUAAAAUGAAGAAGACUAUGCAGAGUGAAUCACUGCCAAUGACAUAUUAUAGACUGUAGUGGUAUAAUGAUUACCAAUGUAAAACUAUUCCUCUGCAUAUUUAAAUCAAAUAAAGAUGUUUACCCAUGUGUUUCCUAACGUCAUGGUCUAAAGUUUCUUUGGACCCAGUGGUAUGAUUUUCAAGUUGUAACUUCUCACAGUUGCAACAUUCUAGUGACCACCAGCUUUUGGGGUCCCAAGUUAGUUGUAGUGUCUGCCUGUUGCAUGGAUGAUCACUGUCCUUUCAGAGUGUACUUCUUCAUGAAGUGGCAUGGGCCAUGAACAAACUGUACACAGGCUAAAGCUGUAGGAAAGAGUACUUUACCAGAGUAGUUUCUGUGAUCAUGCAGCUAGCUUUAGAGACGUGUCCACUUAGUAUCAGUGUAGCCUCUAUCCCUCUGUUAAGUACAUUGCUGACAGAGUCAUUACCAGGAUUUGAUAAAGCGCAGAUCAGUGUUCACACAGUCCCUGGGUUUUAUGGCUCACAGAACAGGGCUUCUUAAUGAUUUUACGUCCAGAAAAAAAAAAAAAAAAGCCAACAAGAUUGUAGUUAACAUUGCUGACCAAAACUCCAGAGAAAAUGUUUUUAAAGAGGAGGUUAACCCAAAGUAUACCAACUUCCUUUGCCAUACAUUUUACUGUAAAUAUAUAUAGCUUUUACCGAGCAAGUACGUGAAAAAGUAUUUUUGAUUAAGGAUUGUAGAGAAUUCUGCUUCACAUUUCUUUUUUGUACCAAAGAAUGCAGAAUGUAUGUAUUUUUCCACUUCCCAGAACCAGGAACUUUAUUUGUGUUUUCUGAAAUGUUUGAUUAUUCUUCUGGGAUUACUAUCUUGACUCAAACCACCAUACUGAACAGCAUGUCUGGACCUAAAGAAUGUAGUAUGCCUGCUAAUAUGUCCGUUUUUUGUAUCCCAGUUGCUGCCUCAUGGUUUGUACAUCUCAGAAAAUUUGGAUUCUGGGUCUUUUCAUGUCUGCAUUCCUGAUUACUGGCAAACCUGUCCAGGCAAGCCUUGAAACAAAACUACCACAGUAUCUCAUAACUUAAAGGAUUUCACCUCAGCAUCCUUCAGUUAUUUUUCCUUUGUUUGUUGUAAAGCACGAUGUAAUAUAUUGUUGUCUGAUAUUCUAAAUUAUCUGCUUUAAACUAAGGUAGCAAGCAGGUCAAAAUCACUGAAGUAAUUGUGAUGGUUUAUUACCCUUUAAAGCCAAGGCCAUUAUACUCUGUAGGUUCUGCCUUCUGAAGUCUGCAUGUUUUGUUUUACAGUUGAUGUUGAAGCAUCUCAAGGUGCAGCAGAUGCACAUUCAUUUUCUCUACUUUAAAUUCCGCAUAAGAAAAAAAAAUGUUUCAGCUUGUACAUGUGCUUAAAAAGAUAUUAACAACAUCUAAUGAAAAUAAAACAUCCCCUGCUUUGUGUAUAUGUACCUUAUCAGCUUAUGCAACAGUACUGGAGUCAGCAUGGGUAGCAUGCUUACCACCUACUUAUGCAUAGAGAAAGUUUCCAUUUAACUUCCUUG